AUGCAGCAGUUUAGUGCCCGCGAGAAGUAUUUGGUGUCCAACACCUUGAAUUGCUGGCCAGUGAUGCUCCAGGGGCACUCGGUACUCAUAGACCUGCACAAUGAGACGUCCGUGGCCGGGAUCAUAGACUGCGCCGACGGACACAUGACCUGUGAGCUCUCGAAAGUGGUUUUCAUCGAUCGCAAUGGAAUCCAGCAUCCCUUCGAUCACUUCAUGGUGCGCAACCGCAUGAUUCGCCAGAUUCACAUACCAACGGACCUAGACGUGGAGCAGGAGCUGCGCCAGGCCAUGGAGCGCGGCGUCUUACGAAGGAAGCGAGUGGAGACCAAGGGCGGAAAGCGAACCUUCAAGCAAAAGCGAGCAGAGAUGCGGCACAAAGAAACACUGCAGAUGAUCUCUCAGCAAAGGGAAGCGGAAAAAAAGAAACAAGAAUCCUAAACUACAUAGAAUAUAUUACCACAAAAGCAUUUUUAUUUAUUCCAAGAAAUACAAACUUCGUUCCACAGAA